AUGUUGUUCCGGAAAACUGCCAGCUUUCUGUCUGUCGCCGUCGCCGCCGCCGCCACUCCUUACAAAUCUCAAAGCGGCUGGGAGACCAGGUACACAGCUACUGGAACUGUCGAUGUUGCAAAGGCUGCCGCUACAGCGAAGACCAGCAGCCCUACCAGUCAUGUGAAGGGCAAGGCCUUUGACAGGCUUGCCAUCAUCUACUUUGAGAACCAGAACUAUGACAAAUCCUUCGGUGACCCCAACUUCAACUGGUUCACUAAGAAGGGCAUCACCUUGUCCAACUAUUUCGCCGUCACUCACCCUUCUGAGCCCAACUACAUGGCCUCCAUUGCCGGUGAUUACUUUGGUAUGGAGAAUGACGACUUCACCCGCUCGCCUCGCAACAUUUCCACGGUCAUUGAUCUUCUUGACACCAAGGACAUUUCGUGGGCCCACUACCAGGAAGACAUGCCUUUCUCCGGCUUUGAGGGAAAUUCCUACCGCAACCGAAAGAACGGUGCCAACGACUACGUGCGUAAGCACAACCCUGCCGUUCUACACGACGGCAUCACCCAAUCUGAGCAAAAGCUGUCACAAAUCAAGAACCUGUCUUUAAUCGAUACCUCACGUUCCAUGUUUCACAAGGACCUCAAAGGCAACAAGCUCCCCCAGUGGAUGUUUAUUACCCCGAACAUGACUUCCGAUGGUCACGACACCUCUGUCACUGUCGCCGGCGUCUGGUGUCGCAAGUUCCUCGAGCCCCUUAUCGAGGACGGAAACUUCAUGCAGAAUACGCUUGUCCUGAUCACUUGGGAUGAGAACGAGUCGUACGCUGCCCGCAACAACAUUCUGGGAAUUCUUAUUGGUGAUGCUGUCCCCAAAGAGCUCGUUGGCACUGAGGACAAGAAUUUUUACAAUCACUAUUCUGAAAUUGCCACUGUCUCUGCCAACUGGGAUCUCCCCACCCUUGGCCGAUGGGACGUCGGUGCCAAUGUCUUUAAGAUGGUUGCGGACAGGACUGGCGACAAGCUUCGCAAGUGGAAGUCUCGGGAACAGCUUCAAAGCAUGUACUGGAACUACUCGUAUGCUGGCCAGUAUAACAACCGGGGCGGCAACGACAUCUUCCCCAAACCUAAUCUUAUUCUCGACAAGGCCUUCAGCGGCCGUCGUAUUCUUCAGUCCGUCAAGGACGCCUGGGAAAAUAGUGAGGCUCCUACUUAUUACAAGGACACGAUUGAGACCCCUGAUGGUCUGCAUCCUCCUCGAGGCUAUGAGCCCUCUAGAAAAUGA